GUGCUAAUGCAUGCUGUAGCUGUUUGCGUGAAGUCUGAUCAGCGGAAAUCUUGCAGAGAGAAUCGUGAGAACUCCUUUUCGAAUUCCAUAUUCCACAUUCUUCAUAGAUCAUAACUAUGAAGUGAUUAUUGGAGAGGGUUUAAGAUAAACGUUCAAGAUGACUGGCUGGUAUGAAGCAAGGGCAGGGUUAGAGGACCUUCAUCAAUCAAACUAUGGUGAUGACAUGAAUUGGAUAAAUGAAGGCUUUGGAUGCAGGAGAAAGCGAGCAAAAGAGAUGGAAAUUAUGUUCAGGGGUGGACAUAGAGGCAGAGGAGACCUGAGCAGAGGAGGCGGCAGAGGAGAUAGGGGAAGAGGGGGAGACAGGGGAAGAGGCAGAGGAGGAGACAGAGGAGGUUGGAGUGGUGGAGAUAUGGUAGGCGGUAGAGGAGGAGAGAGGGGAUGGGAAAGAGGAGGUGGCAGAGGAGGCGGCAUUGGAAGGGGAAGAGAAGAGAGCUGGGAAGACAAUGAAACAUGGGAUGGCCGAAGAUGGAGAGAUGAUCGAGGUCAUGGAGAGUACGAAGAUUUGCACGAACCGUUCAAUUAUGGGCUGCGGGAUAGGAGGGAUCCAUAUCUUGGAAGAGAUCUUGACGUACGGGACAGACCAGGUGAAAGACGAGGAGGUGGUUUCAUGGAGGAUCAUGAUGAAGACUUAUCACACCAGGCUGUUUCUACUUCAUGGCCCCCAACAGAAGAUGAUUUCCAACCAAAAUCCAACAAAAGGCUAAAAGACGACUGGAUGUCACCCGACCGCGGUAACUUUGGCCCUGUUGACUAUGAUGGAGGAUCUGGAUUAGAUAAACAUGGUGGAAAAAGAAAUGAAAGAUUGAAAGACUCACUGGAUUUUAGGAAGCAAAGAGAUCUAGAAAGGGGACAUGUUAAAAGUGAUCGGGAUAGGAAUGGUCCACGUGGUCAUGAUGGUCCACUUGGUCACGAUGGUCCACUUGGUCACGAUGGUCCACGGGGUCGUGAUGGUCCACUUGGUCAAGAUGGUCCACGGGGUCGUGAUGGUCCACUUGGUCACGAUGGUCUACGGGGUCACGAUGGUCCACGGGGUCGUGAUGGUCCACUUGGUCACGAUGGUCCACUUGGUCACGAUGGUCCACGGGGUCAUGAUGGUCCACUUGGUCACGAUGGUCCACUUGGUCACGAUGGUCCACUUGGUCACGAUGGUCCACGGGGUCACGAUGGUCCACGGGGUCACGAUGGUCCACUUGGUCACGAUGGUCCACGGGGUCACGAUGGUCCACGGGGUCGUGAUGGUCCACAGGGUCAUGAUAAGGAUCGUAGCAAAGAACGAGAUGGUCCAAGAGGUAGGGAUAGGGAUCGUAGCCGAGAACGAGGCCGGGACAGAGAUCGAGACCGAGAUAGAGACAGAGAUCGACACCGGGACAGAGAUCGAGAUCGAGCAAGGGAUAGAGAUCGUAGCAAAGACCGAGGUCGGGAUCGAGAGAGGGAUAGAGAUCGUGAGAAGGGUAGAGGUGACCGAGAUGAUAAAGACAAAAGUCGUAAAAAGAGUACUGAAGAAAAAGAACGCUUUGGUAAAGACGGGCGAAAGCUGGAAUGGUGGGAAGAAGAAAUGCCUUUGACCCUGGAUGAGAUCGCAGAGAUGUACACUUGUAAGUUAUGCAAUGUGAAAUGCGGAGGAGAAAAGAAUUAUAAGCAGCAUCUGAGAGGAGUAACUCAUAAACUGAGGGCUCAAGUCUUCCCAGAGGAGGAUCCAGCAAAAUUUGUAGAAGAUUUAUACGAGAAAAGGGAUAUCCAGGAUAAGGGAUAUGGAGAUAAGGCACCUUCUAGGGAAUUUCAAGGACAACAAAGAGAAGAAUACCCUGCACAAGAUUAUCAAGAAGAGGAAUAUUGGGAAGAAGAAGAAGAGAUGACGUUGGAAGAGAGAAUGAAACUAUACUAUUGUACACUUUGUGAAGUUCAAACAACAAGCCAGGAGAACUUUGAUAUGCAUAAUGAUGGCAUGAGACACAAGGCUAACGUAGAGCGUCAAAAGAGAGGUGAGGAUGUUGUCAAAGGUUCUCGUAAUAAAGGGAAUCGAGGAAAGAAGAAAAAGAUCACUGUUACGGGUGAGGAGAUCGUCGAGAUUCAACCGAUCAUUGACAAGUGUAAAGAACCAUUGGUUGGUCUGGAGAUGAUUAUUGAAUACCUGAGGCAAGAAUGGCAGACUGAGACAUAUUUCUACUGUACGCUAUGUGAGGCAAGGUUUCAACUAGUCAACUUCAUAGCCCAUGUCACUGGCUACCGUCAUCGAUACAGUUACAUUAAAAUCAAACGGCCUGAUGCAAAGGACAUGUGUCGUGUAGAACCUAAAGAGAAAGAAGUCUUCAAGGAAGUUGAUGGGAAGAAGGUAAAAGAGAUAGUGCCCAAGCGUAACCGUACUGCCUCGCUAGCCAACUUGAAGAUGGUCUGUCAUGAAAUAUUAAAGGAACAAAAUGGAACGCAGAAGAUGCCUAAAGCACCAGACCCUGAUCCACCUGACAUGCCUCUAAACAGACUGAAGAAGACAAUGAGAGCGGAUUCACAAGUCGAACUGAAAUCCUUAGACCCUCAAGAAUUCAGCCAGCCGGUGUCCUUCCCCCCUCCCAUCCCGAUCGGUGGAGUGAAGCGCCCCGCCCCCAAGAACCAACCCAAAGAUAAAUCCAAGGAGCGUAUUGAAGACAGGCCUACGAUCCUGGGUUACAAACCUCCUGAUGUACCACCCCCUGGUAUGCAUGAAGUACCUAGUGACAUACCCCCUGGUGCCCCACCUCCUACUGCUAUGAUGAUGAGACCUGGAGCAAUGCCUGGUAUUCCACCAAUGAGAGCUAGACCACUCCCUCCACCACCCAGACCUCCAUCAAGACGACCGGACCGGCCACCUCAGAUUGGUCUCCCUCCAAAGUCACUGAAGAUGAGAGAACUUGAGGAAGAGAUCGAGAAAGAGCUGGGUACAGAACGGAAUCUCAGAGAAAAAAGAGAGAGGGAGAAGCGUGAACGUAGCUCCUUCAUGAUGGAGGCUCUUGAACGGGAGAAAGAAAAGAAAUUACUUGAUGCUCGGAAGAUGGAUAUUGAGAAGCUAAGGAAGAGAGAUCGCUCGAAGCUUAGAGAUUCAGACCCCUUCUUGGCAUCAUACAUAGGGAAAGGACGCGCUCCGAAUGCAGAGAAGAGCAAGGAGAGAGGCGGUUUGUACGACCGUCCAAGGGUCUCUCAAGAUCUCCGGGAUCUUUAUGAGAAGCCAUCAUCCUCGAAGACCAAGUCUGAUGAAGAGCUCAAGAGAGAGUAUGAAGAAAGAUUUGGGAUAAAGGAAUCAUCAUCAUCAGCCAGAGUUCUACAAGAAGUGGUUGGAGCUCUUACCAAGUCUUUAUCCCAGUCUGAUGAGGAUGCAUCUAUGGCUCUAAAGGUCUCUAGCGCUCUUACCGAGGCUCUACUCACCAUGAAAAAGAAAGAGAAAGAGUCUCGUACAGCGUUAGACGAUCCUAACAUUGAGAGUGAUGGACCGCCUCCUCCCCCACCUGGUGAUGUUGAGAUGACACCUCUUCCUCCUAGUAGUCCUCUUUCAUCUUCUCCUUCAGAUAGAUACAUUACACCACCAUUAGGAAGCAUUCAGUCACAGCAGACACCAAUGCAGGUAAGCCCUCAAUCAGCUCCUCGGCCUCAACCCGGCCCUUUGGGUGCAUGGCAACCUGUCAAUCCAGCUCGAUCCAUUCCAUCAGGUUACAAUCAACCUCAAUACCAACCUGGCUACACCUAUCCACUAGGCCAACCAGGAUGGGCCACAGGACCUGUACUCGCCCCUGCCGUACCGGUUCAGAAUGUAGCGGCGCCUCCCAGUUACAUGCCUGGCAUGGCAAUGGCGACUCAACCACACCAGUAUAUGCCUCCUUACAUGACACCAGUAGCGAGCACCCCACAUCCCCCUGCACAGCCUCCCCCUCAGCCCCCUGCAGAGAAACCUAUUGGACCACCUGGAGAAAGCAACGCACAAAGCAAUGCAGAUAUGUUCUCUUUCUAAUGUCCAUGCUGUAUUCAGGUGUUACAAUGGAACUUUUAUGUCUCUGUAUAAUGAUACUUGAUUCUUUUCACAUGGACAGAUAUAUGUUGUAGUUAUAUUUGAAUUCAAAGCUCCCCAAAUUGGCAGAUGUAGUAUACAUGUACAGGCUUAUGUUGAGAAAAGGUAGAAUUUCUGCUCAUUGCAAUCAUGUCUGUUACCCAUUAAUGUUUUUCAUACAAAGGAUUUUUAUAUGAAAAAUCCAUUGUCAAUUUCUUAUAUUUACCUCCACAUAAUAUAAUAUCAGCUUUGUGUGAGUACCUAUGGGGUGUGUUCAGGUGAUCUUGACUGAAGGAUUAUUCCAGUCAUGAUGGAAAUUAGCCCCUGCCCAUAACCCAAUGUGUGCGCGAUUCCACUCCCCGUUGAGUGAACAUUAUUUAUUUUCUUCAAAAACAAUGAUUGUAACAAGAAAAGUUCAUUAUAGUUUUUACUGAUUUUUAAGGGAAAAUGUUUUAUUCUUAAAAUCAAUACCCUGAUAUUCAUAACCUAAAGUUUGAAACAAAAUGUAUCUAAACAUUCCCUGUCUUUGCCAUUCGAUCUAGUUUGAGCUUUCUGGAACAUUUACUUUGAUUCAUUUUACUUCAUUUCAAUUUUAAGGUUCAAGUUGUGUUUUAUCACUGUUACAGGUGCGGUUUUGAAAAUAACAGUGUCGUAGCAUUAUUUUUCUUCUUCAUUUUUAUGUAUAUGGACAAGUUUUGUAAGUGUUUUUGAACUCGUGUGAAAACUGCAGUUGUAAAAAAUACUGUCUUUUUUCAUGUUCUGGUUAAUCAAAAUCAAAAUGAAUAGAAAAUCACAUUUUACCCAUCCAUGUUUUAUGUGUUCCAUUAGAAGAAUUGUUUUCCAUUUUUUGCGUCUGUGUUACUUUUACAUGCAUUGGCCAUUGAUCGUGUGUUCAUUGGUAUUUUUACAUGUUAUUCAUGUGCCCAUAGUCUUCAUUUCUGACUCUGUUGCUGAAUUUUGAUUUAUCUGCCGAAAUGCUGGAAAGAGCAGCAGCGUAACAGGGGUCGGUGGCCAGGGGGGGCAAGAGCCAAAAAUUUCCGGGUCAUAUCAUGGAACAGGCAAUGGCGUCAUAAGGCAACAAUUUUGAGGGGGUGAUAUGGCGUAUCAUGCAAAUAUAAUAUAUAUAUAUAAGCGAGCAAAGCGAGCGAGCAAAAAUCUUGGACAUUUUUAUUGCAAAAAUCCAAUUUUGUGAUAGAUUUUGACAUGUUAAAAAGAUUAUAUCAUAUUCACCCUCCUCUCUUUCCUUUUUUCUCUCUUUUUUUGUACGCCACGGUGAACAGGACUUUUGUUAUGAUUGUGAGCAUCAGGGCGAAGCUCUAUAUGCUCGAGCGGGCCGAGUAUGGCGCUUCUGGCAAGAAGUAGCUUAAUAUAGGUCCCGAGCUGGAAAGAGCACUGGAAGUUAAAAAAGGAGCCCUGGAAAAUUGCCAUUUAUUGUAAUGUUAAAUCUUAUCCAAUGUAGCAGAUUUAAGUGGUGUAAAUUGUGACAAGUAUUGUGAAAAGUAGCCCCAAGACAAUAAUUCUCACUUCUAAAUGAUUCUUAAGUAAUUUUCUCUGCAUGAGGAAAGUUAUUCUCCCCAAAAUUUGAGAAAAGGGGUCUUUUGCCAUAACAGUCAAGAGUUAAUUGACUUUAAUACCACUAGUUGAUUGUUUCCAUAAAGUACAUUAUGAAACGUCACAAGAUAAGUGACGUAAUUUUAAUCAGGUUGUGUUUAAUCAUGAUUCCAAAUCAGUUUUAUAGUCCACUACUUUAGUGUUCAUAACAAUUUAUGUAAGAAAUGUUCAAAUAAAAAAAAAUUAAUGAUUAUUUGAGAUUGUUUUCCUCCUUGGAGCCACAAAGCUGUUUGAUGAUAGGUGAAAUGUAACGAAGUCAUGUUAUUUUGUUAUGAUGACGUUCAUGUACGUGUACCUGAUACCACACAUCUUAAGUGUCUAUUAAGUUGAAUUCAUGUCCAAUUUAAACCAUUAAGAAAAUAUAAGCCUUACCCCAUUGUUUUUGGACAAGGUCUCUGGAAUAGAGUAAUAAAAGAAAUACCUGCUGGUUUUUGUCACAUACUCAAUGAAA